CCCUAUAUAUACAAUGACCUGGAAGAGUUUUAUAAAUCACAAAAUCUAGCUAUAUCUCUAUCUUCACUCGAAUUGUGUCUUACCCCAAAAAAAAUCUUCACUCUAAUUCCCUUCUCAUUUCCAGCCUCUUAUCAUGGAUCUAAACUUUGCACAAAACAAAAUCACGGAUCUAAACAGAACCCCCCCUCCCUUGUCAUUGAACUCAUCAAGGCAUAUCUCUCCCUCUCCGGUCACGCAGACUGCCGUAGCGGCACCAGUCACCGUAGAGGAUGGCUCCACCAGCAUGAGGAGGAGAGGUAUAAUUUACGGGCGGGAUAUACAAGGGAAGUUCCUCAGUAAAGAUGGGACACAAAAGAAGAGGUCGCGUUCUGAUCAAAGAAGAAGAAGAAGAAAGAAGAGGUCGUCGUCGUUGACAAACAGUAUUGCAGGUGAUGACAUGUCUAUGACUUUGGGAGGAGGGGACUUCAGGCCACAUCUCGUUACAGUUAACACAGGAGAUGAUAUAAUCGAAAGGAUUAUGUCUUUCACGGUAAAUGGUUCUCGUGGAAUAAGUGUGCUGUCGGCAAAUGGUUUGGUUGCUAACAUCAAGAUUCAAACGCUCCUUAGAUCCCGUGAAGUCGUGACUUUUAAGGAUGUGUAUGCGAUAGUAUCUCUUAAAAGUUCAAUGACAAUAUUGGAGAGCGGAGAAGUGAGGACUAAGACGGGAGAGUGGCGGAUUACGAUUGGUGGAGCAGAUGGAGCCCUCUUUGGUGGUGUUUUAGUCGGUAGUCUCACUGCAGCAUGUCCAGUCCAAGUUGUGGUUGGCAGUUUCUGGCCGUUGGUCACAAAUCCGCCUGAGAGGAGAAUCGCUGAGAGCCAUCCGCUGGCUAUUGCACCCGUUAUUCCACAAACAUUGGCUUCCUCCUCAAGACAAGUCCAACAACAAGAUAUGAUACGCGGCCGAAAUGAUAAGUCCAAAGCUGUGAUGAUUGUACCUACUGUCCCACGCACACUGGAUUUCCCAGCCAGGGGACAAGUCCGACAACCAAACAUGAUAAGCGGCUCUUCUCACUGUCAGACCAGAGGCGGGUCUCAAACUGUGAAUUUUUCAGCCAGGAUACCAAGUUCAAUGGCUCUCUCAAUCAUGAUGGUACAAGUCCAACAGCAAAAUAUGAGAGGCCCUUACAUCUCUCAUAAGAAAGACGAUGAGUCCCAAGCUGCGAGUAUUGCACCUAGAAUACCAAGCGAGCUGGCUUCCUCAUCAACAGGACAAGUUGCACAGCAAGGAACGCGGGAAGCUCCAUUCCAAGUCUAGGGUGGCACAGCCAGAAGCAGACUCAUCAGAAACUAUUAAUAUUGAACUAAUUAAGACUUUAAAGUUAAUAAGUCUAUAUUAAAUAUAUUAUCUCUCCUUUUGAAAUUCAAAACAUUCAGCACAUUAGUUUGUUUACAAACCAAUGGACAAUAAUAUUAAACUAUUUUUCGUUCA